AUGGCGAAAAAUCCAGUCAAGACCUACGACCGCAUCCUUUUCUGGCAGCAUCUUGUUUUGCGUCUACUGGGACUGGAUGUGUACAGCCCCAACCACUCUGUCAGUGGGCUAACAGUGACCAUAAUCUCGAUGUCGCUCUUCUUUCUGUUCGUGUCCUUCUACGACUUGCUAGUGCUAUUCCAAAACGAUUUUUUCGGUAAAGUUUUCGUCAUGUCAACCAUCUGUUUCGCUUUCAUUGGCUGCAUGCGCAUUUUGGUUGGUCUUGCCAAUCGGCAUAAGAUCCCGAAGCUUUUGCAAAUGGCUCGUGCCACUUAUUCAGUCGGCGGACGCCAACGAGAUACCAGUGUCCUCAGUUGGUAUACGGAGGUAUUUCGAAAGGUAGUGCUAGUCUAUUCGUUAAUGUUUUGGUUCGGUGGUCUAGCCGCCAUCAUCUUUCCACUGGUUGUGCUGAUGUACAGUGGCCAAAAAAUGCUACCGUUCGGCGUGUACCUGCCGUACUUCGAUCCGAAUACUGAUACAGGGUACGAGAUAAAUUUUCUCUACCAGGUGAGCUGCAUCCUUUGGACUCCGCCCGGAUUGGCUGCAUCGCAAAACAUCUUCUGCUCGCUGAUCGUCAACAUCUGCGUUCAGUACGAUCUGCUGCUGAUCCAGCUAGCCGAUCUAGAUGAGCUAAUUCGCA